CUGUCUGUUGCCAGCUGUAGUAGGGGCAGUGUGGUGUGUGACACGUCUUUUGGUGGUUGGGGUGUGCUUUUCAACCCUACUGGUACUGCAUUCUGUUACAGCACCGGAUGCUUGCUUGUGGCACAUGAUGGCAAAAAAAGGCUUUCAAGAUUCACAAAAAAUGGAAAUUUAGUUCACGAAAUGGGAGAGAAAUCCAGUUCAGAAAAUGGCCUAGUGUAUGCAAUCAGUGUGGCGGUCACAUUGGAUGGAUUUGUUGCAGUGACAGAUGCAGGUGAUCAUUCACUAAAGGUGUACAGUCAAGCUGGAAAAUGUACUUUGAUUGUUAAAAAACCUUUCCUCUUGCCUUGGGGCUUAGCCAUAAAUGCUGAAAAUGAAGUCAUCGUCUCUGACACUAAUGCCAACAGUCUUGUUCUGGUAGCUGCCAACUUCAGCCAAGGUGGUAUCAAGAAAAUUGUUAACAUAUGUUUGUAUUUGAGCCAGCCCAAGGAAAUUGCCGUCUGCCAAGCAAAUGGAUCAGUUAUUGUGGUUGAACACCUGGCAAAAGACAACAAAAAUUCUUCCAGUACUCGAAUUAAGAUUUUAAAUAAUAAGAUGAAGAUCUUAAAACAAAUUGAUAGUUUUAGUUUAAGCUUUUUCCUCCCCUUAGAUGUGCACACAUCUGGAGUAGCCUUCGAUCAAGAGGGAAAUAUUUUAGUAGCAGAUGUAAAUAACAGAUGUGUCAUUUGCUUGAACAAAUUGGAGGAAGGCAAUGCCUUAAAGUAUGUUGUUGCCAGUGGCCUCUCAUACCCAGUAGCAAUUGCGGUGAUAGAGGAUGGCUCCAUUGCUGUUCUGGAUAGUGGCAAUCACUCAGUGCUAGUUUAUUCUCCAUAA